AAAAAACACGAGUACAACGUUACAAUCGCGUCCCCUAACUCUCUCUCUCCCGAAUAAUUCGAACAGAAGAAAUAUAAUUUCCUGAGAAAUACAAAAUACACAAAAAAAAAACGAAGAAAAAAAGAAAGAAAGAAAGAAACCUUGAACUUUUAUAUCAAAGGAAAGGAGAAGAAAAAGAAAGGAAUCUUCAUCUUCCCACGGCGGAGGCAAGAAACCAAAACCAAUUUCUCAAUUUCUCAAUUUCUCAAAAUUUCACAAAUGGAGCUUCCACCUCUACCGGAAAGAUCCAAACGCCUCCAUAACUUCACCUUACCUUAUCUCCGAUGGGGUCAGCAAAGAUCCCUCCGCUGCGUCAAGCUUCCUCCUCACCACCACCACCGCCGAUCUUCCCCUUCUUCUUCUUCUCCUCCUCAUCAUCGUAUUAGAUCCAACAACGCUGGUGGAGAAGAGCUCAGCCUCGAUCUCCUCUACGAUGCCGGCAACAACAACAAACCUAAGCAGCUCUCCUCCGUUCUGGGAAACGUUGGAGGAGAUGAGAGGAACAACACCAGCGGCACCGGCGAUGUUGUUUCUGUUGCUGUUACAGCAGCAGCUCGGCCGUGGAAUUUGAGGACCAGGAGAGCUGCGUGUAACGAACCUGGAGACGAAUCAGCGAGGAUCAUCGACUCUUCUUCUUCUUCUUCUUCUCUUCUACUACGGAGACAUGAAAUUGGUGGUGGCGUGAAGAGAGGUAGCAGCGAGGAUCAUGGUGAUGGAGAUUUGAACAACAAAGUCAAAUUCUCUGUUUCUUUGUUGAGAGAAGAAAUCGAACAAGACUUCUCUGCCUUAAUUGGUAAAAAACCUCCAAGAAGACCAAAGAAGAGACCAAGAUUGGUUCAGAAGCAAAUCAAUAAUCUUUUACCAGGAUUGUGGCUAGGAGAAGAAGUCACAGCAGACUCAUACGAUGUUCCUGAGGCUGUGGAAACAUGAUAUAGAUAAACAAACCAAUUUGGGCGGGUCAGCUUCUUUUCUAUCCAAGAAAAUGUAUCAACUUUGUUUUUUUUUUUUCUUUUUUUCUACUCUUGUCAUUUUCGUUGUAAAAAGGAAGGAAGAAAAAAUAUGUAGCAAUGUGCUCAGGUUUUUUUAGUGAUUGAAGCCAUUUACUUUGGUUUCCUUUAAUAUUCUUCUCUUGUUGUAAAAGAGACAACUUGGGGUUUUUUUUUUUUUUUUUUCCGUUACCAAAGCUAAUUGUAAUCUCUCCAUGGCAAUGGAAUAAUCUCCAGGCUGUUUCUGUUA